CCGGCUAGCCGUACGGACGCUUUCCAAUCAAGUAUUAUGUUCUCGCUGCUGAAUCAUCCAUUGGUCUGCCGGUGUUGUCUAUUGAAACAACCGCCGCUCUAUCACAACAUCCAUGAUGCCCAUCUCAGUGCGGAACUCAAGAUCCUGGCCCCUCAACUUCAUGUCGAACCAAAUGAUGGCCUCACGGAUGUGAUUUGUGAUUUCUGUUUGCAUCGCCUGCAAGAUGCUUUGGAAUUUCGCCGUAAAUGCCUGGAAUCCGAACAGGUCCUGCUAUCUAGACACGAGCAAUGGCAACGCACUGUAGCUGCCGGCGAGGCCCUGGCUCUCGAUGAUGUCCUCGAAUGCCUAGAGCGAGAAGUGGGCAGUUUGGAGGAGCAGAGAAGCAAACCAGUGGCUAAACCUGUGGCCCAUGUGGCUCCCCUAAUGGAAUAUGUGGAUUUUAGUAGUUUGGGUUUUCAGGAGCCUUCCAUACAGUGCCACAGCAGCAGCAGCCACGUUCCACCAGCGACAAGUCUAAGCACUUGGGAAGCAGGAACACUAAAUACCCCACAUCAUCUGGCAGCCACUUUGGAAGAGGAACCCUCGUUCAUUGCCAGUGAGUCAUCUGCGCCAGUUCUUCCCCCAACGAAGGCUAAGACGACGCACUCCUCGACCACGCCACGAUCCCUUCACCCCUGCCUGGAGUGUGAGAAGAAAUUCACACGGAACUUUCAACUCAAACUCCAUAUGAUCUCAGUGCAUGGUUUGGGUGAGUUGAGAUAUCAGUGCGAGGUGUGCCACAAGAGUUUCGCCUCGCGGCACAGUCUACGCUAUCACUUCAAGUCCCUUCACUCGACGGAGCGACCCUUUAGCUGUGAGAAAUGCCAAAAGAAAUUCGUCCUACGCACCCAAUUGGUCUCCCAUCUGCGUACCCAUACGGGUGAGUCGAAGCCACGAAUUUACGCCUGUCCCAAGUGCACCAAAAGUUGGCCAACCAAAUCAGAUUUACGUACUCAUAUGCGUUCCCACAAUCCCGAUAUGGAGCGUCCCUUCAAAUGUGAUCGCUGCGAGAAGGCCUUCUUCACCCGGGGUCACCUGAAUUCACACAUUUUGGUCCACACUGGCGAAAAGCCCUAUGCCUGCGAUUUCUGUGAUAAAUGCUAUCAGAGUGUGGGCAAUCUGAACAAUCAUAUGAUGAGACAGCAUGCCGAUAUCAUAGAAGCCGAACUCGAGAAUGGAGUCGAUGAGUGCUGAGAGACAGGCGGAACGGAGGGAGUUCAAGUAUUAGGAACUUUGGCGCCAGGGCAAAGGUUAAUGACAAUGCAUUGCAUAAGCAACAAAAAAUAUAAUAUACCUAAAUAUAUUACAUACAUAUAAAUAUGUAUAUAAACAUAUAAUAUUCAUAAUGAUCUUGUGUGCGUUAUCUGUUUCAAUGUCGCAAGCCAACAACAACAAAAUUCAAACGAAAUAAAAACAAACAAAAAAA